UGACCACCUCCUUUUGCAGGAAAAAACUAUCUGGAAUAGCUGUGUAGCCCACCAUCCUGUCCAUUUUUGUGGAUUUUAUGUGAUUUUUUUUAAACGUUUAUGGUGGCAGGCCCACCUAGCAUUAUGGACAGUCCUAAUUCCAGGUUUGUCAAAAUGGGUACGAAGAGAGAAAUCUUUGCUGAAUCACAUUCUGUGGCUCCCUUCUGGAAUGGAUUACAAUUUUCCAACUGACACUCUCCACUGGAACAUCGUCGUCUAAGAUCAACUGAAUUUGAACAGUUAGCCAACUGUACAAAACAAGGGAAACAAUAUUUAAAAACUUAAACAGGAAGUUACCAAGUCCUGAUAAUAUAUUCCAUAAAAAGUUUUGUUUGUGGAAUAGAAAGCAUUAAGAGGUAAGAAUGGUGCUGAUGAAGGUGAAGUUUGACUUGCCCAAGCGGGUGAAGCUAGCCCAGGGCCUGUGGCUCAUGUACUGGCUGUCUGUCAUGGCUGGGAUCCUGAUCUUCAGCCUUGGGCUCUUCUUCAAGAUUGAACUGCGGAAGAGGAGUGAAAUGAUGGACAACGAUGAGAGCCAUUUUGUUCCCAACCUGCUGAUUCUAGUUGGCCUGGCGGCCUGUGGGCUUAACGCCUUUGGAGGCAAGGUAUGCCACGACUCUCUGGAUCCCACCAAGUUCCCUAAGUGGAAGCCGAUGGUGAAACCCUACUUGUGCUUCUGCAUUUUCUUCAACGUCGUCCUCUUCAUCACAGCGCUGCUGUGCUUCCUGAUGCAGUUCUCCAUCUACUUUGCCCUGGCCGAGGGGCUGAAGAACGGCAUACGUUUCUACAAGGACACCGACACACCUGGACGCUGCUUCAUGAAGAGGACUCUGGACAUGACCCAGAUCGAGUUCCGUUGCUGUGGUAACAACAACUACAGGGACUGGUUCGAGGUGCAGUGGAUCAGUAACCGCUAUCUGGACUUCAGCAAUGAUGAGAUCAAAGACCGCGUCCUCAGCAACGUGGAGGGCAAGUUUCUGAUGGACAGCGUCCCCUUCAGCUGCUGCAACCCUGGUUCCCCCCGGCCGUGCAUCCAGCACCACCUGACCAACAACUCAGCCCACUACGACUACGACCACCGCAUCGAGGAGCUCAACAUCUGGACCCGCGGCUGCCGCCAGGCCCUGGUUGCCUACUACGGAGGCAUGAUGAACAGCAUUGGGGCUCUGGUGAUGCUGUUUAUCGGCCUGGAGUCUGCCGUGAUGGUGGGGCUGCAGUACCUGACCACCGCCCUGGAGACCCUGGCCGACCCAGAGAACCCAGAGAGCGAGAGCGAGGGGUAUCUCCUGGAGAAGGGCGUGAAGGAGACCCUGGCCGGGGUGAUGGCGAAGAUCACGUCUCUGGGCAAGGCCAACCAGGUGGAGGGGGGAGAGGAGGAGGCCGCGGCCGCCGCGAGCUGAGAGGGUCCCACCUCGAGGGACAGAGGUCUCUCCCCCUUUGCCGGGAGCUCCAGGAGAAAGAGUGAGAGAGGAUGGAGAAAGAUCUUGAAGAAACACCUGUGCACACACUAUCAAACACACAAUAAAUGCAUGGACACAUAACUCUCUACAUACUGUACAAAGCAAACGCACACACAGAUGUCCACAUAUGCCCACUUUGAAAAAGUGAAGUUCACCAACUCAUCACGGAAAGUGAUCAAACAAAAUGUGAAAAAAAUCAUAUUAUGUCCAUAUUAUUAUGUAAAUAUGUUGAUCAGAGUCUAUUUUUAAAAAAGAUUGAUGAUGUCUGUUCAUAUCAAAAUGUCUGUACAUAUUGAUUUGGGUUUUGGAAUACAAAGAAACAAAUAAUUCCCUCCCCUACCCAAAGAAAUGAUCAUGAUGGGUCAGACCCUGAAACCAUCAAGCCUAAUUCAGUCUUAUCUAUCCUCAUGUGUUAUAGUUUAUCUCCUAUAUUCUAGAGACAUAACACAACCUUUGUUGAGAGGACAUGUAACCCUAUAGCAACACAGUGACACGUGUCUUUGGUUAAACAUUUUACUAGUCUACUCAAAACGCCGUCAUUUUUUUUCCCCAUCAAUCAAAAAGUCAUGUGUGUCAAGAAAGGGACAGAAGGGGACAGACGUGAGUGUUUUCUCAUGGCAGCUUUUAUCAGGCAGCUGCAGAACGGGGGAUUCGAGCUGAAUCUCCCAGUCCCCUCUCACCCCUCCCCCCGCCCCGAGAGACAGCGCCUGGGGACUGCCCUGUACCUGGCCCAGACAUAUAUGACUCUUUGAACCCACAUUAAGAAUGCAUAUGACAAUUACCAUUUAAUUACUGUCAUGAGCCACGCUCAUCUGCACAGUGUCAAGUGUGACUCUGGGGUUACAUGUCUGCUUCCGGUGAGACUGAGGGAGACCGGACACUGGUUCUGUUCUCCUAUGAGGGGCUAGCGUGGAUCGAAGACCCAGAUGAGCUGCUGGAUGCGUUCAUGAGGUGCUGGUUCUGUACUGUACUGAAGACAGAGAGAAAGAGAGAGAAAGACAAUCAGUUUGGCAGUUUAAUUAAUUAAGAGUUUGGCAGAGUAACCAGUGUGAGCACGUAGAAAUGGGUCACUUCUCAGUGAUUAUGAAAAAGUCUUACCAGUUGUACUUUUUUUUUCUUCUUUUUUUUUCUGUGAUCUCAAUAUAUAUAUUUUUUCUUUGUAAUAUCGAGUUUAAUCUUUUCUGUAAAAUGUGUAUUUUGAUCAGCAGUACUGUCAGUCAUUGUGGGUUGGUUGGAGAAUGUAGUCACUCCAUUAUGUAAGAUAAAAUAUAUAAAGAGAUUGUGAGUCUGAA